GGGGAGAAGAGAGCUUCUCCCGGAAGUGGCGUCAUUAGGAGGUUCCGCCCUGUUGUUGUUGUCGUUGCUGUCACCGUUCGGUACCAUGAAGUGGAUGUUCAAAGAAGACCACGCACUGGAACACCGGUGUGUGGAGUCCGCAAAGAUCCGAGCCAAAUAUCCAGACCGUGUUCCGGUGAUCGUGGAGAAAGUGUCCGGCUCACAGAUCGUGGACAUCGACAAGCGGAAAUACUUAGUCCCUUCUGACAUCACCGUGGCCCAGUUCAUGUGGAUCAUCCGAAAACGCAUCCAGCUGCCUUCAGAAAAAGCCAUUUUCUUGUUUGUAGACAAGACUGUGCCACAGUCUAGCCUAACCAUGGGACAGCUGUACGAGAAAGAAAAAGACGAAGAUGGCUUCUUGUACGUGGCGUACAGCGGCGAGAACACGUUCGGCUUUUAAACGCCUCAACAGCUUGUGAAUCUUGUAAAUAACGACCGUGGUUUUGGCGCAAUGCGUAACUGCCCUAUAGCGUAGCGGCUCAGUAACUGGAUGUGUUUCUGUUAAACUCAUUCUCGUCCUCCAUGUAUAUCUCUGUCUGUAGAUAUUUCCGGGUAAUUUAUUCUUUUGCGCUUUUUUGGUUUUUUCUCAGCCUCUUUUCUGUCAAAGCCACAGACCACAUGUACAAAAUAAGUCGGCGGGCUUUACGUCAGCAAAAGGGGCUCAUUAUUGUAUGUAUUAAAGAGGACCUGGCUGCAUGCACUGCGCAUAGGUGAAUGGGUGCUCUGGACGCUUCUUCCGUUACAAUUAUGAAAGAUGGGGGAACCUGUGCAUAGAUGUAAGCAGAGCUUCUU